ACUCUCGAUUCCUCAAGCCUCAGCCUCUCUAAAGUUCCUAGCUUGUGUUGCCGAGGACAAGGUAGUACCAGCCUCUGUGAGAAGACGGCUCGUGCGGUAGGUACAGCGUCUUCCCGUUCAACAGUUUCUUAGUGAUAGGAAGAUUAUUUCGAUAAUUGUAACGCAACGUGACGAGCCGAGCUCGACCAUCGUCGCACGGCUGCACUAGUGCCAUCUUCCCCCCCCCCCUCGAUGUGUCUUUAGAGAUGUCUCAGCCUUUCCGACAAUUAUCCUAGUCUAGCAAGUCGAUCCACAUCCAAACGCCGGAUUCCAUUCGCAUUUUAACUCGCCACGAUGAAGCCCGAGCGGUCUCUGUGCUGCGACUGGCUGUCGUGCUCGCUGGCAUGGCUGUGGAACCAUCCGCGCAUGAAGAGCUUCCGCAAGGUGGCGUACAACUUCAAGAUGACGCUCGUCUGCGGCUUCAUCACCUUCCUCGUCUUCCGCGGCACCUUCGGCGCCGGCGAGUUCGGCACGCCGUUUCAGGACGCCGAGAUCCUCAACCGCGAGCUCAAGUCGUUUCAAGAAAAGCGCCUGCUCAAUUCGCGGGAGAGCCAGCUGCUCUUUCUGCAGGACGAGAUGGCGGACAGAAACUUGCCGUACCGCGUGGGGCCCAACAUCACAGACUGGGACGAGCAGCGCGCCGAGCACAUUGCCUUGAAUCCCGGGUGCAACGCGACCAGUGACGGGCGGCCACGUGUCAUGAUCGUGUCAACCUCCCAGCCGAAGCCGUGCGAGCACAGCGUGGGCGACCACUUCCAGCUUCUGUUUCUUAAGUCGAAGCUGGACUAUGCGCGCACGCACGGCAUGGUGGUAUACCACCACAUGGUGCGGCUUGACAAGGAGAUGAACGGCAUGUGGGAGAAGCUGCCGCUGCUGCGCCGCCUCAUGCUCGCGCACCCCGAUAUAGAGUGGUUCUGGUGGAUCGACUCGGACUCCAUUAUAACGGACAUGAAGUUCGAGCUGCCGUGGCGCAAGUACAAGGGCGUGAGCAUGGUGGUGCCGGGGUGGGACGACCUGGUCUACAAGCACAAGGACUGGGUGGGCCUCAGCACUGGGAGCUUCCUCCUGCGCAACAACCAGUGGUCUCUGGAUCUGCUCACCAAGUGGGCGGCGAUGGGCGCCAGGGGAAGGGCCAGGGAGGAGGCGGGCAGACUUCUGUCGGCAAAGCUCAAGGGCCGCCCCGAGUUUGAGGCGGAUGACCAGUCGGCGCUGGUGUGGCUGCUGGUGAGUGGGCGGGAGCGGUGGGGCCGGCACGUGCACCUGGAGAGCAAGUUUUAUCUGCACGGCUACUGGGUCAACCUCGUCAACAGGUUUGAGGAGAUGAUGGAGCGCUUUCACGCGGGCUUCGGCGACGACCGGUGGCCGUUCGUGACGCACUUCGUGGGGUGCAAGGCGUGCGGCACCAUGGGCGAGUACGACGUCAACAAGUGCCUCGUGCACAUGAAGCGCGCGUUUGUCUUCGCCGACAACCAGGUCGUCCAGCCGUACGGGUUCAAGCACUUACACUUGAACAGCAGCGUCGUGGUGCCCCUCGUGAAUGUUACCACGCGAGCGUGGAUCGCCGAGACGCACUAUGAGAGGAAGCAGCAGCAGGUGGCGGAGAAGAGGAAGAAACAAGCGGAGGAGAAGGAGAGGCUUGAGCUGGAGGCGAAGCGAAUGGCGGAGGAGCAGGAGAAGUGGCGGGAGGAGGAGGAGACGAGGAGGAAGGAGGAGGAGGCGUGGAGGGAGAAGGAGGAUGCGAGGCAGCGGAAGAUCGAGGAGGGGAAGCGAGUGAAGGAGGCUAAGGCGGCGGCUGAGAGGGAGGCGUUGAAGAAGAAGAAGCAGGAGGGGAAGGAGGGCAAGGGAGCAGCAGGCCUCGGGGAGCGAGUGGGGAGUGCAGGAAAGGGAGCGGGUGCUGUUGCUGUGAAGAACGUGACUGUGCCGAUCGGGAAGAAGGGGAUUCCGGAGAUUAUAGUGAAUGAUGAGGAGGAGGAAGAAGAGGAGGACGAGGAGGAGGAGAGUGUGCAAGACAGGAGGAAGAUCGGGCUUACUAAGGCGGUGAUGAAGCAGCAGAGGGCCGCCAUGGCGAGAGCUGUGGUGGCUGCUAGUGCUGAGGACGAGGAGGAGAGAGCUGAGGAGGAGAGGGGGGGUGGGGAGGAGGAGGAGAAGGGGAGUGAGCAGGAGAAGGGGAGUGAGCAGGAGAAGGGGAGUGUGGAGGAGGAGAGUGCGGGGGAGAAGGGGGUGGGGAAAGGUGAUGGAGGGGGUGUGGAGAAGGAAGAGGAGAGUGAGGAGGAUGAGGAGGCGGAGGAGGAGAGGCUGGACAGGGAGAGGGAGAGGAGAAAGGGUGCGGAAGGGUUUGGAGGAGUGGGGGGAGUUGCUGAUAGGGGCGAUGAUGGUGGUGGGGAGAGCAAAGAGAGUGCACGGAGAAACGAGGGUGCUUUGGAAAUUGGUCAGGCGGAAGGAGGGGACGAGGAGGGAGGGGGCGGUGCAGUGGCAGAGGAAGCAGAGGAGAGGGGGUUAGUGAUGGGGAGGCAGAGGAGGCUGCGUCGAGAGAGGAAGGUGAGGAGAGGGGUGGUGAGGGGGGUGAAGAGAGAAGUGUGGAUGAUGUAUGAUCCGUGAUGCAGGGCUGUGUGAUGUGCGGUGCUGGAGAGGUAGCUCUGCCACCGGGCAGAAUAACAAGGGCAGUAGACAGGGGGACAGGGGGACAGGGAGACAUGGUAGGGAUGAUGUGCACUGAUGUGGUGUGAGGGUGAUCAGGAGUAGCAGCUGCUGGUAGGUUCAGCACCAGAUGUGCGGAUCCAUGUCAAGAUUGGCAAUCUAGGUAGGAUUUAGUAGUGUCGCCACUGUCAGGCAUAAAAGCCACGAGUGGAUGUAGCUCAUGCAUUGCUGACAAACAGUAUUUGAGGUUAUUUAUGCGCUUUUGUACUCCCCUCAUUCGACUUGAUGCUACUAAUGCACUUCUGGUAGCAUGUGCUUCAUCCUGUCCCGUCCCUCUUCU